AAGGCAAAAGUGAAAGAGAGGAAUCCACCACCCUGGAAAAGAAAAUAUUAAUAGCAUCCACAUUUGUUGCACAAAUGAUUUGUUUUGUAGUUCCAGAUGCAACAUAUACCGAGCCCCUGCGCUUAGUGCAGAGGCGUGUUUGUAUGUGGGGAAGGGGGCGCUUUAAUGCAAAACACAUGUGUUUUCAAUUGAUAUCUGGAGCCAGACCAGUAGCUGUAACUUGGCCUGACAAAGCCUUAUUGAAGUAAAAGACAGAGUGUGGUUUCAAAGCAGUUAGAAAAAGAACGGGAAUGCUGUUCGGGAAAUUCUUCAGGCAUGGGCAGGGACUUGGCCGCAGUUCCGCUGUUGGAAAAUCUGACAGGGGCAGCUUCUGAACGCAGGGUAGGCCUCAUGCUGCUCUGAAAGCAACAUUGCAUCUUCCUCACCCCUCCACCCUGUCUCCAGUAUACCCUGGAUCUUGCAUUUCCAUCUGGCUUUUAAAAGAGAGAGGUAAGAGGCUAUUGAACAGUACGCACAGAGGAGCGCCAUGCAGAGCUCAGAAGGACCACAUGUGUACAAAGUGGGGAUUUAUGGCUGGAGGAAGAGGUGCCUCUAUUUCUUUGUGCUACUCCUAAUGAUUUUAAUCCUGGUAAACCUUGCUAUGACCAUCUGGAUUCUCAAGGUUAUGAACUUCACAAUUGAUGGAAUGGGAAACCUAAGGAUCACAGAAAAAGGAUUAAAGCUGGAAGGAGAUUCAGAAUUUUUGAAACCUCUCUACGCCAAAGAAAUCCGGUCCAGGACAGGCAACCCUCUGUACUUCCAAUCUGCUCGGAAUGUUACAGUGAACAUUCUCAAUGAGAAGAGUAAAGUUCUUACGCGUCUUGUAACAGGUCCCAAAGCAGUGGAAGCAUACAGCCAAAAAUUUCAAGUUCUAACCACGUCGGGGAAAUUGUUGUUUUCUGCAGAUGACAAUGAAGUUGUGGUUGGAGCAGAGAGACUGAAAGUUUUAGGAGCAGAAGGCACAGUGUUCCCUAAAUCCAUAGAAACUCCCACUGUCAGGGCAGACCCCUUCAAGGAACUAAGACUUGAAUCACCCACACGCUCUUUGGUGAUGGAGGCUCCCAAGGGAGUUGAAAUCAAUGCUGAGGCUGGCAACUUGGAAGCCACAUGCAGGACGGAGCUCAAGCUGGAAUCCAAAGAUGGAGUGAUUAUGUUGGAGGCUGCAAAUAUCAAACUACCUAGAUUGCCUCAGGGAUCCUACUCCUCUCCUGGAUCCAGGCAAAAAACCUAUGAGCUGUGUGUAUGUCCCAACGGGAGGUUAUUCCUUUCCCUGGCGGAGCCGACUUCCACCUGCCAGAUAAACACAAGCAUCUGCCUUUGAGAGAGACGGUUUGCGGCAGGCAUAGCUGGCAGCACAAGGCCUUUUCUGGCCUCCCAGAUAGCAGCUGCCAACUAUUUUUACUAGAACACAGAAAGCCUAUCAAAGACUUUUUUGUGAGUGUGCGCGCGCGUGUGUGAAUAUAUAAAUAUAUAGAUAUAUAUAGAUAUAAAUAGAUAUAUAUAUCCUUUGUGUAAAAUGAGGUUUCAGUACAAGAAAUCCCAGGGUGACCCUCUUUGUGUAGCAUUCAUCGCUCCCUCAUCAAAAUUUGUAAACGAUGUGCAAAUUGGAUCCAGAUCCUUCCAGGAAUAUUCAGACUGUGUAGUAGCUAGCCUCCAUAAAUCAAGAAAAUGCUUUCAAGCCUCUCCAGAUUUUAGUUCAAGGACACCUCACAUGACAUUUUACCUACAUGGUUGUAAGAGGCCAGAUCAUGUGAAAACAUUUGCACCCAUGUUUAAUCUGUCACAGGUACAGGAACUAAGGUCUGCAGUUGUCUCUUCCCAAUGUGUCUGUCUAAAAUAGACAAGGAUACGAUCUUCACACAUGAUGGUGUGUAGAUUCCCAUACUUUUGUUUUUUCUGCAUCCAUCUACAUCUGUGUAGGUAUAAAGUCAUGUGUGAAGCAACCCAAAGAUAAAAGCCCCCCCACCAAAAAGGCAGCUUAGCUUGUAGCAAUCCUUCUCAACCCAGGCCUGAAGGUAGAAAAAUCAAAAGAAAGGAAAGUAUCCAGACAACAUCGACAGCCUUCCAGUGAAUAGGAUUACUCAGAAAUAAAGGAUUGCUAAUCAGUUCCAACAACUGGGAUAAAUUGGGAAGAGGUGAGCUUGCAUUGGCGCUUCAUCUCAUAGACCACCUCAGAAAUAUUCAAACAGAAGGUUAGUACAGUUGUUUAAUGCCUUCCCCUCAAAUGCCCUUUGAGAACCAUGGUUG